AUGACUUGGUCAGACCACUGCCCAAUCCGCAUAAAAUUACAAUCACCCUUAUACAGACCAAAACAAACUUCCUGGAGGUUGAAUGAAUCGAUUCUCUUGGACGCUCUGGUAGUGGACAAGACCAGGCAGACCAUACAAGAAUACUUCACGGACAACGAGCUGGGAGACACGACACCCCUGACAUGCUGGGAGGCCCAUAAAGCGGUGGUUCGGGGACAGCUGAUCAAGACUUGCUCCACCCGUAAGCGAGAAGCGACGCGGACAACGAUCGCCCUCAGCGAGGAGAUAGCAACUCUAGAAGCCAGACACAAGCGCACCCUGGACGCGGAGAUCUACAGGGACCUGCUCAUCAAAAGAGAACAACUCUUCACACUCCUGAACCGCUCAAUACAGUGCACAUACCAGCACUUCAAACACGUGGUAUACGAACACGGGAACAAAUGCGGGAGACUAUUGGCAAACCUUCUAAAACAGCGCAAGACCCAGGUAUACAUCCCGAAAAUCAAGGGCCCACAACAGCAACUUCUACAUCUCCCGGACCAAUAUUCAUCCGCGUUUCUCUCUUACUACCAAGGGUUAUACCACCUAAGCCACAACGCACCGGAGGGACCGCGCCCUCAUAAGCUCGAAGAGAUCCAGCGAUACCUGGACACCGCAGGCGGACCCAUACUGGAGAACGCGGACAGUGAGAACCUGGAAACGCCCAUAACCAUUGAGGAACUGGCACACGCCAUUAAAAAGGCAAAGACGGGUCAGGCUAUGUUCCUUGGAGGAAGUAGUGACAUUUUACAAGAAAGUGCUUACUUGGACAGCCCAUGGUAUGAGAGCACACGCCAGGCCUGUCAGCUCCGAUUUUAUUACCUAAUAGAGGAAAACAACAGUUUGAUACUGCAGCAAUACACAAAGGAGGUAGAAGAAAUACUUUUUGAACAAAACACAUCAACGGGAGGUCAGUGGUUUAAAGGGGAAAUCAAUCUGCAAGAAACAUCAAAAAGAUUUAAGUUGUUGAUGGAGGACAUGCGGAGCUUUAAGCUUGUUUUUGAAGGAAGAAUUAAAGACAGCCGAGGAUACAUUGCUUUGGAUGGGCUGGGAAUCGUUGGCUCCACAAAGCUACCUGAACCUGCCAAAGAAUUUUGCCUAAGCCGACAGUCAGCAUGUGAUUUUCAGCAGGAUUGUACUGAUGGAAGUGAUGAAGAUCCAACAUAUUGCAGAAAUUUUACCAGAUGUGACUUUGAAUCUGACUUUUGUGACUGGAUUGUAAUAGAAACAGAUGGCUUGAGUUGGAAGGUAACCAACAAAAAUAAGUCAUAUGAUCACAACCUCCCAAAUAAAGACCAUACAACUAAAACAGACUACGGACAAUUCAUCUACUUCAGUUCGAGUUUGGUGGAAGACAACACGCUCUCAUCAUCGUGGCUGGAAACCUCUUUUAGUGUGAAACCUUCAGAUACUAAUGCUGGUUGCCAGCAAACACCCCAAGACAAAAUGGGGAGAAAGGGGAAGAAAUCGGUACCACACAAACCCCCAUCAGGUCUCACAAUCGGAGAGAUGUGGAUGCAAGCACGAGGCGCCUCCGAGACUAUCAUGGCGGCCCAGCAUGGCGGGUGUUCGGAUUUUUCCGAAGACAUUUCUGACGACGAAGGGGGAUACCUGCUGACCCCAGACCCACAGCAGAAGGCACGACAAAGUGGCAAAGAGGCGGAUGAAGGACCGAUCACUGUUAUGGUCAUGAAAGCGCUCAUGGUGGACUUAAAAAAAAGCUUCCAUGAAGAGAUCAAGACGCUCCGAGCAGACCUGCAGGGCCUGACAGGCCGCAUCUCCAAAUUGGAGGGCUCGUCCCUGACCCACACUCAAGACAUAACAACGUUACGACACACAAUACAAGGCCUGGAUAAACAGAACCGGCAACUCGACCAGCGCCUCGCGGCGCUUGAAGACGCUAGACGGGCGUCCAACAUAAAAAUUCGGCUUUGGUACCAAAUGAAGGGUACGGCCAAAUUAUCAGUUUUUACAAAAUAUGUUGAAAAUGAAGGUUCACAAAUGCAGCUUGUCAAACAAAUUACGGGGUCAUCUAGUAACCAGUGGGAAAAGGCGACCAUUGAUUUCAGCACUGAUUCCAAAAGCAUGAAGAUCAUUUUGGAAGCCUCCAUUUUUUCUUCUAACUCCACUGUUGCCAUUGAUGACAUAAGUUUAUCUCCAGAAUGCGUUCUCUCAAAUAUCUCAAAUUCAGCUGCUAAAUGUGACUUUGAAAAUCAUAUGUGUGGUUGGUACGAAAGGUUUUAUGACAACUCGUUUGAUUGGAUAAGAGGGUCAAGUAGCAACCUGUCACCUGACUAUCAGAAACAAGCUCCACCACAGGAUCACACCAUGAAUAAAACAGAGGGUCAUUUUAUGUUCCUUCGGAAAAAGAAUAAUUUGAAUUCACUCGUUGCGGAGCUAAGAAGUCCGAGAUUCAGCCAAGCAGCGUCAGGUUGCACAAUGACCUUCUGGUAUUAUAACUAUGGAUCAUCCGUCGGAACUUCAGAAAUGCAUUUGCAUGUGGAUAGUCAGAAAAUACCCACCAUAGUGUGGAAGACUUACUAUGAUCAGGGAAAUCAGUGGAUGAAGGCCUUCAUUCAGCUUGAUCGUCUUUCAGAACCGUUUCAGUUAUCGUUGGAUAAAAGGAAUCUUGAACACUAUAAUGGAGUGUCAGCAAUUGACGACAUUGUAUUUGAGAACUGUUCGCUUCCUCCUCCUUCAGCGGAAUGUGAAGGGCCUGAUGUUUUCUGGUGUAAACAUACCAGAGCUUGCAUAAGCAACUUAUUGGUGUGUGAUCUUAUUGAUGAUUGUGGAGAUGCGUCUGAUGAAGUCAAUUGCCUACCUGAAUUACAGUGUAACUUUGAAGGUGGACUUUGUAAUUGGGUUCAAGAUUUGGAAGAUGAUUUUGACUGGACAAUAAAUCAAGGCUCAACACCAACACUUGAUACAGGUCCCAUGAAAGAUCAUACUUUUGGGACAGCAAAAGGACAUUACUUCUACAUAGAGACUUCGGAGCCGCAAGUAUACCGGAAUCAAGCUGUUUUAUUAAGUCCGAACAUAGAGGCCACUGUUAAUAACGGAAACAAAACUUGUAUUUUCCGCUUCUUCUAUCACAUGUACGGGAGGCAAAUGUAUUCCCUGGCAAUCCACAAAAGGAUAAUGAAGAACAGUAGAGGACAAUUAUUAUGGCAAGUAUUUGGAAACAAAGGGAACAGAUGGCUGAAAAAAAUUCUGUUUAUAAACAGCUCACAGCCAUUUCAGCUGAUGAUCACUGGCACAGUGGGUGAUGGGUUUACUGGAGACAUUGCAAUCGAUGACCUCUCAUUUUUGGACUGCACCCUGUACAAUGGUAUUUUGCCCACGUGGUCACCAGUUCCUGUAGAAACCUCUACAAUACCAACAUUACCGAUUCACAAUUGUACAGCUGAAGAAUUUGUCUGCAGAACAACUGGACAAUGCAUACAGCUAUCAAAUCUGUGCAAUUUCAGAGCUGACUGUUCAGAUAAUUCUGAUGAAGAUGAAUGUGUUGCAGAAUAUUGUGAUUUUGAACACAAAAACACAUGUCAGUGGUUCCAACCAGCAAUAGCGUUUUUUUUCAAUGACGCCAUAUUUCAAUGGGAAAUCGGUCAAGGAAACACUAUCCAUCCAGGAGAAGAAACCCACCGACCUCUGAGGGACCACACUUUGUCCUCAGAUGAAGGCUCUUACUUGUUUGCAGAUAGUUCUACGGGAGAAUUUGGGCAUGUAGCAGAGAUAAAGACUCCAAUCAUUUCUCAAACAGGUCCUAAAUGCAAACUUGGUUUUUGGAGCUAUAUGAAUGGAGCAACCGUGGGAACUCUGAAAGUACUAAUAAAAUUUGGUAAUUUAACAUAUGAGCUUUGGUCUCAACAUGGUAUACAAGGUGCUCAAUGGAAGAGAGCGGAAGUGUUUUUGGGAACUUUGUCUAACUUUCAGAUUGUUCUUCAAGCCUUACGUGGUGUUAGCUAUGUAGGAGAUGUGACUGUGGAUGACAUUUCCUUUGAAAACUGUGCACCAAUGCUGAUUCCAAACAAGGAUUGUACACCCAAUGAAUUUAUGUGUUCAAAUAAAUACUGUAUUCCUAAGAAUAACUUGUGUGACUUUGUAAAUGACUGCGCAGAUAACUCCGAUGAGAAUCCUUAUAUAUGUGGAUCAUUUUUAUCACACUGUAACUUUGAAUACGAUAUGUGUGACUGGAAACAAGAUGAAAACGAUGACUUUGAUUGGAAUCUUCGAGCUGGGAGUACGCCAAGCUUUGGUACUGGGCCAGCUACUGAUCAUACCAUGCAGAACCCUUUUGGCUAUUAUGUUUUCAUAGAGAGCACUUACCCACAUUUGCCAGGAGAAGUUGCAAAGCUCUCAGGACCAAUGAUAAGCAGAUGGAGCAAAGACUGUAAUCUAAUAUUUUAUUUCCAUAUGUAUGGCGGAGGUAUUGGAUCACUAACUGUAAGACAGGUGACAAUUAGUAACCAACAACAGACACUUCUAAACUUAACGGGAGAACAGGGAAACUACUGGCAAAGGAAAGACCUGACUCUCCAAGAUCUUGGGGAAGAUUUCUAUGUCACCUUUGAAGCAAGAAUUGGAAAAAAUCAAAGAGGAGAUAUUGCCCUGGAUGACAUUGUCUUUUCUAAUGAAUGUUUACCUUCAUCUAAUCUGGAACUUGAAUCUCACAAGAUUCCUCUUACAGGUUUUUGCCCACCGGACUUUUUACAUUGCCGGACUAAAAAAUGUUAUACACAAGAACAACAAUGUGAUUUUUCGGAUGACUGUGGAGAUGCUACAGAUGAAAAUGAUUGUGGCACUUCCUGUACAUUUGAAGAUGGAAUGUGUGGAUGGAAAAACUCCCCAGAUGACAGCUUUAAUUGGAUUUUAGGGAACUCUACUCAAGCUUUUAGACCUCCUAAGGACCACACUAUAGGAAGUGAAGAAGGUCAUUUUCUGUUUCUUGAAACAUCGUUGGUUGGUUUAAAGGGUGAAAAAGCCCAUUUAAAAAGUUCUAAAUGGAAAGAGUCAAAUGUGAAUUGCAAGCUAAUCUUCUGGUAUUACACGUCAUCCAAAGCUACUGGACUCAUACAAGUUCUUAUCAAAGCAAAUAAUGACCUUUCCAAAAUGUGGGUACAAGAUGGCAAUCAUGAUGGAAACUGGACUAAAGCAGAGAUUUAUAUAGGAAAACGAAGAAACUUUCAAAUAAUUUUUGAAGGGAUUCGUACAAGAGAUUUUGGAGGAGGGGCGGCAAUUGAUGAUAUUGAAUUUCUAAACUGUUCAACGUUUGGAGAGAUGCCUGGCAAAUGCCCAGCAGAUACAGAUUUUGUUUGCAAAAACAAGAAAUGCAUCGAGCACCACCACGUCUGUGACUAUAAAGACGAUUGUGAAGAUCAAUCAGAUGAGAAAGAUUGCAGCAAAUAUAGCAAUUUAUCUGGCAACUGCAAUUUUGAACACCUUGAUCAGAAAGGGAAUUUUAUAUGUGACCUUACACAAGAUCAAAACGAUGAUUUUGACUGGACGUUGCAAAGGAAUAGUCCUAAAGGAAUAAACACAGAUCACACACCAGGAAGUGGGCAAUAUUUCCUGUAUGCCAACUCAUCUAGGCAGCAAGAAGGGGACUCUGCAAGAAUAUUCACAACAAACCUUUUCAAUGCGACUGAAGAGCAUUGUAGAGUGCGCUUUUGGUAUUAUAUAGAUGGACCUCCAGAGUCGGGAAUACUAAAGGUACAUGUGGAUAGCAGUUAUGGAUUAAAUAUUAUUUUAUGGUCGAAGACUGAGAGCAAAAGAAAGAGUUGGACAUAUGCUAGUGUAAUCCUUUCUAACAGCAAUCCUUUCAGAGUGGUGUUUGAAGCUCAAGUAGGGAGGGAUAGAUAUACAGGAAUUGCUAUUGAUGAUAUCACCUUUACACCAGAGUGUUACUUUGGAGGGUCAAUAUCACCAGAGCCUACUUGUCCCCCUAACUCCUUUACCUGUGUCUAUGACAAGGAGUGCCUUCCUCUUUCUGCCGUGUGUAAUGGGACAGAGGACUGUAUUGAUGGUAGUGAUGAAAUCAGUUGCUCCACUGUGGCUCCAAGUACAAUAAAGCCAAAGAGAUGCAAGAAAACUGAAGUCCAGUGUGGAGAUAACAGAUGCAUCCCAUCUCUAAUGUGGUGUGAUGGUGUUUCAGACUGUCAGCUGGGAGAAGAUGAAGAAAAAUGUGGUACCAAGACUUGCCUCGAUGGUUCUCUAUUGUGUGUUUCCACCAAUACCUGCAUUCCUUUAUACCAGCGAUGUGAUGGUAAAACAGACUGCAAUGACUUUCGAAAAGACGAAUCUAGUUGUACAGUUUGUCCACUGGGGUACUGCAAAAAUGGAGGAAAAUGUUAUAAAGCAAAAGGCGUCCCUUUAUGCAAAUGUCCAAGAAAGUGGACUGGAAACCGCUGCCAUCUCUAUACGGAGGAGUCACCUGCUUUACCAAAAAGCAGUAAUCACGGCGCCUGGAUUGCUCUGGGCAUUGGAUUAGCAUGUUUCUUCACCGCAGUUAGUGUUACACUACUAUGCUUCUUCUAUAGAAGGAAACCUAAAAAAAAUAUUGCAAAAGGCUUUUCCAAUCCCGUUUAUGGAGAAAACAUGGUAAAGUCACAGGAAGAGAUUCCAGAUAAAGCCCUGGAUCCUCAUAUGGAAAUCAGUGUAUAUCCAUGGAGUGCACUUGAUCAGACUUUCAAGAACGAGGCGAAGAUGCUAUCAUUUUCCAAUCCAUUAUACGGCAAGAACGAAGUGGAAAUUUAG